ACAGAGUGUUGGCCAAUCAGAGGCAGGAUAGGAAACGGACUAACGAGAAACUUCUUUUUACUUUCGGUUUAAUCUCGAUCCGUCUGAAAACUGACUCAGUCGUAGAAAUAGAAUCGUCUUUAAACUCUGAACUCUAAAUAAAUGUGCUGUGAUAUAUAUUUUAAAUGAUUCGAAUUUAAAUCAGGCACAGACACGAAGAGCUGAGGAACCAUCGGUGCCUGGUGAUUUUGACGCCGGACGGAGAAGGGCGGUGCCGCGCUAACGGAGGUUCGUACUUCCACAGAAAAGAAUCUUCAUCAGCGGAAGGAAACUCAGGGAGUGCCCGCCUCACAGCUCGUUUUCUGAGGCAUAUUUGAAGUUUGAGUCGCUCCGGUUCCGAGUCGCGGACAUGGAUGGACACUCGAGUUCCGGGCCCGUCACGGUGCUGCUGCUCGCCGCCCUCACGAGCUCCGCGCUGGGCCAAGGUUCACUUUACUUCGAGGAAGGAAAACCCCUGGUCCUGACUCCUCCGAAGCACGGAACCGCCAUCACCGGCGUAGUGUGGCAGUUCAACGGGAACCUGGUGCUGGAGUGGGCGAAUAUGAAUGACAUUGUGUUCUUCGGCUCGUUUAAAGGACGGACCGAACUGGACCAGAGCACCGCACAACUGACCGUCAACAACGCCAAGCAAAUCGACGGGGGAGAUUACAAGGUGGAGAUCAACGGCGAAAUGCAGAGUCAAGUGUACACGGUUAGAGUGAUCAAGAAGGUGCCCAAGCCCAAGGUGGAGGUGAGGACCCCGUCAUGUGACCACACGUCCAGCCAAUGUACCCUCACCUGUCAGGGAGACACCUCCGGGACUCAUCCCCUCACCUACAGCUGGAGGAAGGACUCAGAUGAGUGGGGGCCGGAGCAGCAGAGCAUGGACUACAUCAUCUACAAUGACGAGAAGAUGAAGCAUGUAAAACAAAUCUCGUGCAUGAUGAAGAACUCUGUCAGCGAAGAGGAGAGCGACCCUCUUGAUAACCCAAUGCAUGAUGGGGGUUUGCCUCCAGGCGUGCUGGCAGGAAUCGGCGUCGCUUGUGCUGGGUCAGUGGGUGUAGCUGCACUUUUAUAUUGGAAGCGAGAAGUCAUCAAGAAAAGGUUCUGUGCAGCUUCAGGGGUUGUUUAGUGGAGGUCUGGAGUUCUGCUUUAAGUGAAAGAGAUGGAAGUCCAUCUGUUAAUCGACCCCUGAAUGAAAAGCCAAAUUAGAGAGAUUUACAUUCCUCAACCAAGGCCAUCAGUCUGUCUCACUAUGAAACACAGAGCAGAAGAAAAAAUGCUAGAUUAUACCCCAAAAUGAACUGAGCUCUUCUUUAAGUCGUGCCCCCGCCCUCCUCUAAUCUUCAAAGGACUCUGUUCGGUGGUUUCUUCGUUUUUCUGCUAAGGAGCAAACGCAGGUAAAACCACGACCUCCGUCCAGCUGAUGAAGCUCCAGCAUCACAUCUGGUCUCUGGUGCUUUGAAAAACUCAUCUAUUCAUUCCUGAAUUCUUCCUGCUGCAGAGCUCUUUUCAUUUUUUUUUUUGUGAUAAAAUCAGAACCUUAGAGUUGAGGGCAGAAGCAAAAAAUUUAAAAAUCUGACUAUAUUGUGUUUUUUUUUUUUUAAGUAACCAACUCUGUACAGGCUGUAGCUGUAUGGUAUUAAAAAUAUGAGACGGGUGAGAAAAAAUAAUUCAGUGACUGUCUCAAUUCAUAGUAUGACAGUGGUGGAAGAAAUAACGCUUCUUUUUUUUUAAACCAAAGAAGUAAAAACAGUUUUGAAACAUUAUUUAACUAUUAUAUGUAAAGUCAGGGAAUCAAAAUGAACUUGAGCUGCUUUCAGACCUUCACUUAACUGCUAUUCAGAUGAAAUAUUCUGGAAGUUCUGUAUGUGAGAACAAAUGUCUGAGCCAGUGUCUCCAUGCAGCCUCUGAGUAAAAUGUAUUCAAAAAUAAUUUGGUAUGAAAUGUUGAUGUUUGAGGAAGAGUUAAUUUUAAUGACAUCACAUGCUUCAGCUUGUGAAUUCAUAUCUUAGCAGACACGUUUCCAUGGACACCAAUAUUCUGACCUUUACCAGAAUAAGACAAUCAGAAUAAGGCACUGCAUGUAAAGGGCAUGUUCUGAUGAAUUGAGCCUGAAUGAGAUCAUACUCAGACUAAUCAAUUAUCAAACUAAGAACAAUGGAGUAUUCUGCCUUUAGCCUCAUUAUGUUUAUGUGUUAAUCUCAUUAUAAUGUCCCAUUGGAGGUUUCACAGCAUUUUUUGCUAGGGACAGGCAACAGUUACCAACUGAUGACAAUGUGUGUCCUGGAUUUGAGUGUAAACAAGAUUAAAAAAAAACAGCAUUGUAAAGUUUGUUUAAACCAGACAGAAAAUUCUCAGAAGGGUAAAUUACAGAAGCGGACAUUCAAUAAUUCCAGUUUGGAGUUUUAAAAUUCUAGUGGGAAUGUAAGAGGAAUGAUAUAAUGGACUCAAUGUUGACAUGUGACAUCAUCAGUGUAACAAGUUACCAGGAUUAUGAAAUAUUCGAUUAGCUAUUUGUUUCAAAAUUAUAUUCAUAUUAUUUUCUUAUUCUGAAAAAAGGCCAAUAGUAAUUUUUUGGUGUCCAUGUAGACGCAAGUACUGAUAUUAUAACUUCCUAAAUAAUUUGUUGAUGAAGUAUUAUUGUGAUGGAAACUGGAAUAAGUAAUUCAAAGUUGACCUCCUCAGUAACUGAUCUUCAUUACCUUCCACCGCUGCACAACUAUGACUGAACCAUGUACACUGAAGGUGAAAAUAGUUCCUGGCUCAUUGUAUGCUAUCUUAUGUAUGUUGUUAACUAAUGUUUCUUAAUUUUAUCAUUUUUUAUCCUUCACUUGCGGCAGUAUAAUUGAAUGUAUUUUUUUCUGACUCACGCAGCUUUUCGUACAGUGUCAAUGUCAAACAUUAAGAUGCAUGUGUGUGUUUAAAUUCCACAACCAAGUCAUACUCUAACUAUCACCAUGUCUUAUGCACUGACGGCUUCUGUGUAUUUAAAGUUAAUCCCUGUCUGCUGUGAAAAACAACUUCCUCUCUUUGCAAAAUGGAAAUCUGUUAUGAAAACCUCCAUUUUGUCUGUGUUAUUGAUAGUUUCUCACAUUUCAAAUGUUUGACGCUGUAGAGUUGUGUGCCUUGAAAUAAAAUUUAUUUUGUUCAAAGUAUAAA